GUCUGCCGCCACACCUUCCCUCGCACACGUUUCUUGUAGUGGGCGUCCUCGCACUCUCUCAAGCAUCUGCUGACUCAGGAGGUUUUGUGCAGGGAAUCAGCUGGAAGUACUGCACUGGUGCAGCGGAAAAUGCCGAGGCAGCUGCAACUCGCCAGCUUUUAAAAUUGUACUGUUCCUGGCGCAAUUCUACUAUAGUGACCAGCUUUCCUGAUGAUCGCCACAACGGCCGCCGACAGCCACAGAGAGAGUGAGGAUGUGUCGCUGGAGUCUAAUGCUACGGAGAUCAGGAUCACAGUGAACCGUGCAGAUGACGAGAAGAGCAUCAGCAUCACGGGCGCAGAGGAGCGCGGAGUCUGGGGCAACAAGAUUGAGUUCGUGCUCUCUUGCCUCUCCUUUGCCGUCGGCCUGGGCAACAUAUGGCGUUUUCCCUACCUCUGCUACCGCAAUGGGGGAGGCGCGUUCCUCAUUCCAUACGCCAUCAUGCUGCUGGUGACUGGCCUGCCGCUGUUCUUCUUUGAGCUCAGUUUAGGCCAGUUCGGCAGGGAAGGGCCCAUCACCAUAUGGAAGGUGGUGCCACUCUUCCAAGGUGUUGGUGUUGGAAUGUUCAUGAUUGCCUUCUUCAUCGCCCUCUACUACAAUGUCAUCAUCGCAUGGGCCUUCUUUUACCUCUUCUCCUCUUUCACGGCUGAGCUGCCAUGGCAGUCUUGUGACCACUGGUGGAACACUGAUGCUUGCAAGAGGUUUGACACCAAGAAUUGCACCACCCACAAGGGCAUCAUGUCGUUCAACGGCACCUGCUUCUUCAGGGACCAGGUGAACCAGAGUGAGUGGGACGCACUCAACCAGACGGCGCAAGGAAUGAAGCUGCCCGCCGACGAGUUCUUCCAUAACUUCAUGCUCGGGAUCUCCCAGGGCUUCCACGACGACGACGGACACACCCUGCAGUGGCACCUGUCACUGUGCCUCGUGCUGUCCUGGGUGGUGGUCUUCUUCGGGCUCUUCAAAGGUGUCUCCAGCAUGGGCAAGGCUGUGUACUUCACUGCUCUCUUCCCCUACACCGUCCUCAUUAUCCUCUUCGCCCGAGCCGUCACCCUCCCUGGCUACGUCGACGGCAUCACCUUCUACAUCACCCCGCAGUGGGACAAGCUGCUCAAGGCCAGGGUGUGGGGCGACGCUGCCAUGCAAAUCUUCUUUUCCCUGGGGCCGUGCUGGGGGGGCCUCAUUACUCUCGCCUCUUACAACAAGUUCAAUAACAACUGUCUCAGGGAUGCCAUUUUCAUCUGCAUCGCCAACUGCCUCACCAGCUUCUUCUCAGGUUUCGUUAUCUUCGGAAUCGUGGGUUUUAUGGCUCAUUCCAUGGGCGUGCCCGUGGAGGAUGUUGCGGCGCAGGGAGCGGGACUGGCCUUCGUGGCAUACCCGGAGGCCGUGGCCCGCCUGCCGCUCUCGCCCCUGUGGUCCAUCCUCUUCUUCGUCAUGCUGCUCACCCUGGGCCUCGGCUCCCAGUUCACCAUCGUACAGACUGUGAUCACUUGUCUUGUGGAUUUCCUCGGCAUUCGUAGGCAUUACAAGAAGACGUGCACGAUGGUGUGCAUGGUGGGCUGCGCCAUCGGUCUCAUCAUGUGCACGAGACACGGCAUGUAUGUCCUGCAGCUUCUCGACAACUACUCCGGCACCUACUCGGCCCUCAUGAUCGGUUGUAUUGAGUUGAUCGCAUUGUGUUGGGUGUACGGCGUGGACAACUUCAUGGAGGACAUUAAAUUGAUGCUGGGGAAAACGCCCUUCCCUUACUACUACUGGAAGAUCGUGUGGCGCUUUGUCACCCCGUUGAGUGUGUUCGUGAUCCUCAUUUUCACCUUCCUGGAUUACUCCCCGACCGAGUAUGGCGCUUACAAGUUCCCAGUGUGGGCAGACGUGAUGGGCUGGCUGAUCUCCUUCUCUUGCGUGUUGGUGGUGCCUGUGCGGGCCUGCUGGCUCAUGACAGGCAAGAGUGGUCCCCUGUGGGCGAGGGUACAGCAGCUGUGUCGGCCUGAAGCAGAGUGGGGACCAGUGCGCAGACGAACAGACGACUCUGUACUCAACUACAUCGAUUCCAAGACACCCCUCGCUAACGAUGAUGAGCAGCACGAGAUGGACCGCGAGUCACCCUACCUCACGCGAGUGUCCGAGGAGUGGGAGGACGAGGAGGACGACGGGCUGCAGAUGAAGGCUCCUUCCAACGCCAAAAUCUAAGCUUCCCCAUAUUUUUUUCAUCGGUGAUCACCGUCGCCCAUACCAGUUCCUUCAAGUAUCUUGCCUCCGCUGCCUCAGAUUACCUGGGGGAGUCGCCCUAAUGUGAUAGCGACCAAAGAAAUCAACAUUAGACUUAUGACAGUUCAUGAAGCAAUGAAGCAGAGUAUUUCAUAUGUUUUUCGCAGGAGGCCAAUUUUCAAGAACAAAUCAGCUGGCUGCUCAAAACAAUAACAUCUACAGACCUGGCGACCUGGCAUCUGUUUACCUGGCGACGCUGCGUAGGAAUUUGCAUGACGCUGUGGCAAGACUUGAAAAAUGACGGUAACAUCACUUUCAUCAUGACGAACACCCCAAGCGACAGGAGGCGGCCGUGUCCAAUUCCCUAUACCUGUUGGAGUCUGGCUAGACUUGCUGUGUUGGCUUCACUUGGACACCACCUACAGGUUCUCCGACCUGAUCUACUCGUAACCUUCACUAAAUCCCACUACCACUGCUACUGCUGCUAUUGCUACUACUACUACUACUACUACUACUACUAUUACUACAUGAACAACAGCAACAACAACAACAACAACAACAACAACAACAACAACAACAACUACUACUACUACUACUACUACUACUACUGCUACUACUACUACUACUACUACUACUACUACCACCACUACCACUGCUUCUGCUGCUGCCAUUGCCACCAUAAACGCCGUCACCAUUUCAGUUGAUACAGCCUCCACUGUUCAAGUUAUUAUUCCUGACGUACGUACGUGAAGCAGCGUCACACUGCUUUAACAGUAACAUACGUAACGUCGUAGUUGCUACAUUGCUACAGAACUUCUCCCAAGUUAUACACCAAAGUUGAGAUCUAAGACCGACGUGACGAGGGAAAGAUUGUAAAUCAAUAGAGUAAGUGAAGACUGGAAAGUGUGUGUGUGUGUGUGUGUGUGUGUGUGUGUGUGUGUGUGUGUGUGUGUGUGUAUGUUAGAGAUGUAUCGAAAAUAAAAAUGCGGAUGCACAGAUGCGGAUGCGGA